UGUGGAAGGCAAGGUUUAGAAGGGAAGAGGUAGACAUGCAAAUGCAAUUCUCAUAGACAAGUCCCCGCUACUACACACACAUUUCUAACUUAACAACACUCCUUCUGUUCUAUUCUAUGCUCCACCGCAUCACCCACUCCUCUUCUUCCUCUCUUCUCCUCCUUCCCCGUCUUCUCUCUCACCACUCUCUCCCUUCCAAUUUCAAAUUCCCACCAAAACCUCUCACUCUCUCACUCAGACUCCUCUCCAUGGCAUCAUCUCACAAACACACCAACCGCCUCGCUUCCGAACAGAGCCCUUACCUUCUCCAACACGCUCACAACCCCGUUGAUUGGUAUCCCUGGGGCCAAGAAGCCUUCGCCGAAGCGCGCCGCCGAGACGCGCCUAUCUUCUUGUCAACUUUGCGCGUGGUGCUGCUGACGGCGAUUCUGUUCCAAGUUGGUUACAGCACUUGUCACUGGUGUCAUGUUAUGGAGGUCGAGUCUUUCGAGGACGAAGCGGUUGCCAACCUGUUGAACGAUUGGUUUGUUAGCAUUAAGGUGGAUCGAGAGGAGCGACCAGAUGUUGAUAAGGUAUACAUGUCGUAUGUACAGGCUUUGUAUGGUGGAGGAGGUUGGCCCCUGAGUGUGUUUCUUUCACCUGACUUGAAACCUUUAAUGGGUGGAACUUACUUCCCCCCUGAUGAUAAGUAUGGACGACCUGGAUUUAAGACUAUACUUAGAAAGGUAAAAGAGGCCUGGGACAGUAAGAGGGAUAUGCUAAUUAAGAGUGGAUCAUAUGCAAUUGAACAGCUUUCUGAGGCAAUGUCUGCUAGUUCUGAUUCUGAUAAACUGCCUGAUGGGGUUCCCGCCGAAGCAAUACAUCUAUGCUCAGAGCAGCUCUCUGGGAGCUAUGAUUCAAAGUUCGGUGGGUUUGGAUCUGCACCAAAGUUUCCCAGACCAGUUGAGGUCAACUUGAUGCUUUAUCACUCCAAAAAGUUGGAAAAUAUGGGGAAGUUGGAUGGAGCUGAUGGAAGUAAGAAAAUGGUUUUGUUUAGCUUGCAAUGCAUGGCAAAAGGUGGGAUUCAUGAUCAUAUUGGAGGGGGGUUUCACAGGUACAGUGUGGAUGAGUGCUGGCAUGUUCCACAUUUUGAGAAGAUGCUAUAUGAUCAAGGGCAGCUUGCUAAUGUUUAUCUAGAUGCAUUUUCUAUCACAAAAGAUACCUUUUAUUCAUAUAUAUCACGGGAUAUCCUCGAUUAUUUAAGGAGAGAUAUGAUUGGUCCAGAAGGUGAAAUCUUUUCAGCAGAGGAUGCUGACAGUGCUGAGACUGAAGGGGCUGCAAGAAAAAAGGAAGGAGCCUUUUACAUAUGGACAAGCAAAGAGGUUGAAGACAUACUUGGAGAGCAUGCUGCUCUUUUUGAGGAGCACUAUUACAUCAAGCAACCGGGUAACUGUGACCUAUCUGGAAUGAGUGAUCCUCACGAUGAAUUCAAGGGAAAGAAUGUCCUGAUUGAGAGAAAGGAAUCUUCAGAAAUAGCAUCAAAAUAUGGCAUGUCAGGUGAGACAUAUCAAGGCAUUCUUGGAGAAUGUAGGCGUAAGUUAUUCGAAGUAAGGUCAAGGCGUCCAAAGCCACAUUUGGAUGAUAAGGUUAUUGUAUCUUGGAAUGGACUGGCAAUCUCAGCUUUUGCUAGGGCUUCUAAGAUUCUCGAGGGUGAACCUGAAGGGACCAAAUUCUACUUUCCUGUUGUUGGCACUGAACCAAAGGAAUACAUGAGAAUUGCAGAAAGAGCAGCAUUCUUUAUUAGAAAUCAACUUUACAAUGUGGAGACUCACAGGCUACACCAUAGUUUCAGACGUUCUCCAUCAAAAGCUCCUGGUUUCUUGGAUGAUUAUGCUUUUCUGAUUUCUGGGUUGCUGGAUCUCUAUGAGUUUGGCGGUGGAAUUAACUGGCUUAUAUGGGCCAUUGAAUUGCAGGAAACCCAGGAUGCUUUGUUUCUUGAUAGAGAUGGAGGCGGGUAUUUCAAUAAUACAGGAGAAGAUUCUUCAGUUCUCCUCCGCGUGAAGGAAGACCAUGAUGGGGCAGAACCCUCUGGAAACUCAAUUUCUGCUAUUAAUCUUAUAAGAUUGGCUUGCAUGGUUGCUGGAAGUAAGGCUGAGCAUUAUAAGAAAAAUGCAGAGCAUCUAUUGGCAGUUUUUGAGAAAAGAUUGAAAGAUAUGGCUAUGGCAGUGCCUCUAAUGUGUUGUGCAGCAGACAUGUUGCGUGUACCUUCUCGGAAGGAAGUGGUCGUGGUUGGUGAAAGGACGUCCAAGGAAUUUGAACACAUGCUUGCUGCUGCUCAUGCAUUAUAUGAUCCCAACAGAACAGUUAUUCAUAUAGAUCCCAAUAACAAAGAAGAGAUGGAAUUUUGGGAAGUUAAUAACAGCAAUAUUGCUCUCAUGGCGAAAAAUAACUAUGCUGUCAACAAGGUUGUGGCUCUUGUAUGCCAAAACUUCACUUGUAGCCCCCCAGUCACUGAUCAUGCGUCACUUGAAGCUUUACUCUCCAAAAAACCUUCCUCUUCGUUCACAUAAGUUAUUGGUUCUGAUUUGAGUAGGAAAAAUAGUUAACGUCAGUGAAAGCUCCCUCUUAGAGAUCCCCCUUUCCAUCUGCAGAACUAGCUGGUUCUGAUGUCUGUGUCAAAUAAAGGUAGGUAAUAUUCUCCGUUGAGCUGAGUUUUGGGAUUGAUGCAUACCCUUUUCGUUUGCUCACGAAGCCAUAAUUUUUCUUCAAAAUUGACACAGGAUGAAUGAUGGAAGUAUGUAUAUGUAGGUAACGGUUCAAAUAAUUAUCAGUUGCGUCAGUUGAGAUCCUGUUCGCUUAUGUUUCUACUUCAUUUUUCUAGAUGAAUUGCACAAUAAAGUCAAAAAGGCAUGGCUAAGAUAUCCUUCGUGCCUGUUGGUUCGUGCCAUAUAUAUUGUAGAAUUGUUAAAAAGUUUUCCAAUCUGCGAUAUUCCUUGGUUUUCGAGACAUUUUUCUUGUUUGGUAUGAUUGGAUGUGUAUUAUUUUAUUUAUGGUAUUAAAAAACGUAGGUUGCACUGUGA